AUGACCAGAUUACGCUUGAUCGCCGCCGCCAGGACUGCGAGGCCGUUUUUGGCACCUCCCUGCCGCAAUGGCAGGCCUCUCGCCCUUGCGGCCACCGCCGCCGGAGCAAACUCCACCUCGGCCCCGGCCCCGAUGCCAGCGCCCAUACGCUUCUAUUCGGCGGAGGCGCGCAAGAACUGGAAGCAGAAGCUCGAGGCCUUCUCGAAGCAGGACAAGACCCCUCUGUACGAUUUCCACCUUGCCCACGGCGGCAAGAUGGUCAUCUUUGGCGGCCACCACAUGCCCGUGCAGUACACCGGUUUGAGUCUCGCCGAGUCCCACCACUUCACCCGCAACCACGCCUCCCUCUUUGACGUCAGCCACAUGGUCCAGCACCGCUUCACCGGCCCCAAAGCCGCGUCAUUCCUCGAGACCGUGACUCCCUCGAGCGUCUCGGACAUGGAGAUCAACUCCAGCAAGCUCAGCACGUUCCUGUGGCCGAAGACCGGCGGCAUUGUUGACGACACCAUGAUCACCCGCCUCGGCGAGAAUGAGUAUGCGGUAGUUUCCAACGCUGGCACUCGCGAGAAGAUCUUCAAGUACCUCACCGAGCAGACGGCCGACCUGCAGAAGCCUGAGGGCAACGACUUCUGGUGGGAGGUUCUUGAGGGCUAUGGUCUGGUUGCCCUCCAGGGCCCCCAAGCGGCCGAGGUCCUCCAGGAGGUUAUUGACCCCGCGGACGGUUUGAAUCUGGAGCAGCUGUACUUUGGCAAUACCGGGUUCGCCAAGCUGAGAUACAAGGUCAACGGCGAGUGGAAGACGACUUCCGAGAAGGCCAUGAUCAGCCGAGGAGGAUAUACUGGGGAGGACGGUUUCGAGAUCUCCUUCAAGUCGACCAACGGCGAGGCGCAACCGCUGGCCGAGACCCUUCUUGAGGUCGCCGGUCCCGAGAGGCUUCAGCUCGCCGGUCUCGGUGCACGUGAUAGCUUGCGCCUGGAGGCCGGCAUGUGCUUGUACGGCCACGACAUCGACGACACCACGACGCCGGUGGAGGGUAGCCUCUCUUGGAUCAUUCCCAAGGAGAGGAGGACCAAGGGCGGCUUCCACGGCGCCGAGGUCAUCACCAAGCAGCUCGUGCCUAAGAGCAAGGGUGGCUCCGGCAUCGAGAGACGCCGCGUAGGCUUCCUCAUCGCCGGCGCUCCCGCUCGCGAGGGUGCCGAGAUCUUCACCAAGGACGGCGAGAAGGUGGGCGUCAUCACCAGUGGCUCACCUAGCCCGACACUGGGCAAGAACAUUGCCAUGGGAUACGUCAAGGAGGGACAGCACAAGUCCGGCACGGAGCUGGACGUGGUGGUACGCGGUAAGAAGAGGGCAGCAACAGUGGCGAAGAUGCCUCUUGUCCCAAGCAAGUAUUUCAAGGGACCUACACCUGCGCCGGCGUGA